AUGUCGGAGACGGAUCGCGUUCCCGACAACCGAAUCCUGGAGUACAUCCAGGAUUUGACCUCGGCGAAGAAGGGUCUUCCUUACGGCCAACCCGUGGCCGUCCUCGUCUCCCAAACCGUCACAGACUCCGCAACCCUCUUGAAAUUAACGGCAGAGGUUGGCCCUCACAUUGCAGUGCUUCAGGUCCAAGCAGAUAUAAUCGAUGACUGGUCAGACGAUACCAUUGAUCAGUUGACAUACUAUGCCAAGAAACAUGGUUUUAUCUUGUGGGAAGGGAGCCGAGUCUUGAAUUGUACUGUCAAUUUCAUGGGCCGAGGGAGCGCCAACUUCCAAACACGAAAGGUCCUGGCCGAUCUGGUUAGGCGGAAAUAUACACAUGGAACUGCAAAGGUGGCGCAAUGGUCGAAUCUAGCGACCUCGUGGGCACCGGGUGUACCAUUGCACGAACAGGAGAAGGAUCUGUUGAUUCCAACGCUUCGCAAGGCCGCCCGUGAAGCUGUUGCAACGACUGUGAAAACCAUCGAAACCGAAAUCUCUGCUACCAAUGGCGAGGAAUAUCACGACGAAGUAGAGGCGCCAAUAUCCCCACCCAGCACCAACGGUUGGGUCGAAUUCAGCUUGGAGAAUUUUGGAUCUGCCCUACGAAAAUCAUCAACCAUCUCUGUCACAGAAUCAGUCACCCUGCAGCCCCAUGUGGAGCCAGACGAAGGUGUGCCAGUCGCACCACUACUAUCGCGAGGCUUGGCUCUAUGCUUGCCAAGCGCUAUCGAUUCCGCAUUCACAUCCGAAUUCCGAAAGGGCACAAUAAUGGCAGCAUGUGCAAAUCAUGAUUUCGUCGUUGGCCUUCUCACGAGCGAGCCAUUCUUCACAAGCUAUACUGGGGACUAUCUGUUCGACCUGGCCUUCCAAGAUAGCCAUGGAACACCGCAACUAGGCCGCGACAUACUCGAGGCCAUACCAUAUCUCGAAAAUAAGCAUUCAUUUGCGUUAUUUUCUCUUGUCCCGGCAGAACUCAUUCACAACUAUGAAUCAGAUCCCAUUCGCAGCAUGAAUGGAGACUCGCCAGAAGAGGACCAGCCUGAAAGUGUUGUCAAAUUGCAUUACAUGGUUGAUCAAGCAUUGAAAAUGCGAGAAGCCAACCGCAAGGAGCACCUUGGCAGCCAUCAAGAAAACUCAUCGAUACCCGCUGGCCCUGGCAUCUUCCAUGUGCCUGUUGUCAUACUCCCCUGA